AUGCCUAAAAGAAAUCUCAAACAAAAAUAUCGUCCUUUCAUAACAUUAUGUAAAAAUAAUAUAAGAAAUUAUUUUCGAAUGAAAAAGUUUAACGAAAUUAAAAAAAAAGAAGAAAAAAAUAAAAGAAGGAAAUUUUUUAAAGCCUUUUCACUGACUCUUGGAAAAAUUUUAAAUUUUGUAGAACCAUAUUUAUCUAAUAAUGAAUUUAUUAACGAAACGAAAAUUAACGAAGUACAUGAGAAGUAUAAUGAAGCCUUUUCACUGACUCUUGGAAAAACUUUAGAUUUUGUAGAACUUAAUAAAGCUAUGAACGAAAUGAAAAUUAACGAAGUAUGCGAAAAAGAUAAUGAAAACAUAAUUAUGUGUUCUUGGUGUUUAGAAUGUAAUUAUUCAUAUUGUAAGUGUAGACCUGAAAAAAGAAGUAAUGAUGGAUAUUGUUUAAAAUGUGGACGAUUUAGAUGCAAAAAAACAAAUUAUGGUAAUUAUAAGCUUGGUCCUCAUAAGUUUAAUUAUAAAGGAAAAUUAAUUAAAUAG